GUUUCAAACUGUCACCGCACCCUGCUCUCCUAGCCGCCCCCCGCUUCUACUUUCUAAGCAUUCUCUUGCCUCCUUAAAUGGGAAAUCAAAACUCACACUUUCUUUUUUUUAAAUGUUGACCCUUACCCAUAAAUGUACCUGUCCCACGAUCUGUAUAGGAUUUUAAGGAAACAGAGGAGGAGCUACGACAAAAUGGGGAGAAGAAAUGAGAACUGUGGCAGCAGCCUACGUGUGUCAAACGUCUCUCAGGAGAACUUAUCUCACUGGAAUUUGGAUUCAGAAGUACCUGUUCCUGAAAAUAGAAGCCUCCCAGCUGAGGAUUGUGCAACAGGUGGCAAAAUUAACAAGAACUAUUUGGAAAUUCCAGUAGACCAACUGAUGCUAGAACCUAAUUUGUCGGUGCAUACUCAAAAAAGCAUACAGAAUAGUAAGCAAGGGAUAUUUCAAUUAUGGAACUGUCCUCUUGAUGAAGGAAGUACCAUAGAGAACAGGGAAUUCAAAAAAUCUUCCGUGGAAACUGGCUUUAAUGUAACCAAUAAUCCUGUAAGGGUCUUCACUCCGAGCCACUCAUUAACAAGUGCUUCAGUUGAUAAGCAAGUUGGUCCUUACCCUGGACUGCCAGGGCCAUUAGGUGUCUGCUGGUCCUAUGCUGAUGGAGACUUUUUUAAGAACAGAAAUGAGAUUCAUAUUAGUUCAUGUUCAACUAUAGGAAACAACGAUGGCGAAAUUUUACCUGCUCCAAAUUGGAAUUUGAAACAUGAAAACAGCAGUGUGGAAGAAAAUUUAACAGAUGAAAGUGAUUUAUCAGAAAAUGAGAAAGCAAAUGAUACUUUACUCAGCUAUUUUAAAAAGAUGGACCUGAACUUGAAACCAGAAACAAUAGAAAAUGUUGAAGAGUCUUUCACCGAGGAGCCAAACGAAGUAUUUCCAUAUCCUGACUUUCUCCCUCCUCCUUUCAGCACUCUAGACUUGCACAAUUUAGCCCUCUCAAAAUCUGACAGUUGGAAAGCGACAGUGGAACCUGCAGAAAGCUCUCUUGAACACUUGAUAACUCGUUUACUGGAACUGGAAAGAUUACAACAUACGACUAUUCAAAAAGAGAGGCCCAGACUCCAAACAACUCUCUGUACUCCAGCAGUUACCGAACGACCCUUUUCCUCCAAAGUUACACCAAAAGUGAGACAGCCAAAACCCUGUGACUCUUUGAGUCUUCAGAUGCCUUGUGUAGAUAAAAGUCAAGAAAAAAGAAAAAACAAUUCUGGUUCUUGCAAGCUUGAGCAGAAUUCUUUAAAAUGGAAUUGGAGCAAUGCUGGCAAACAUAGAUGGCACUCAUCUCUAAAAAGUUCUUCCACCACAAAACAAUUGAUUGCAACUUAUGAUGAUAAGAAUCCCAAAAGUUCUGUUUUAAAUCCAUGCCAAGAACUCUCAUCCAAGCCUACUGCUGGCCAGACAACUCAAUCACUGGUUAAAAUGGUCUCCACAAGAUGUCUGCCAUCGAGGUCUCCAAUGCCAGUUUCACCUAUACUUCUGUCUUUUCCCGAAAAUCAGAAGGAAAUUAAGGCACCAAAGAGAAACUUUGGAACCAAAAAGAAACUUUACCGACAAAAUAUAGUGUUGAAUAGACCAUUCUAUAUUCAGAAGCUAAACUGUUUGUCGCCUUCCUUUAUUGCUAAGGAUAAGCGCUCACCCACUUACCAAAAAUAACUCUUUUCUUUCAUACAUUGCAAUGUGAACGGAUCUAUUCGAAGAAGCCCAACUAAGAUAUGGUUAAUUAUUCCAAGACACAGGUAUUAUUUAAAAAAAAAUCAAACCAAACAGUUGCUUGAUGUGAUAUGGAGUGUAACUUGUGAAAAGCACUGCUGGGAUGUCUAUAUAUAAACCCACAGGCUUCUAUACUGAUAUAUUUGACAAUCUUCUGCAAUUUGUGUUUCAAAGAAAUGGUUCGUUUAGUAGACUAUUCUAUUCAAAAGGCUAUUGUUUUUUUCAGUGAUCGUUUUCCAGUAUAAUUCCAUCAAUAAAUGGUAUAAUUGACUUAU